CAGACAGCGCGGCUAAUGGUCUCAAACAUCGACCUAAACAUCAAGAGCUACUCGUGAUUAAGUCUUCAGUUCGGAAACGUGCGCGCUGCCGUCACAACUGUUCUAUUGUGUUUCACUAAAGUUCCUCGAGAUGCUAGUGCCAUUAUCACGAUUUUUCAUUCUCUUGCAUUUGUAUAAUUUCGUCCGAGGACAUGGAAGACUGAUGGACCCACCUGCUCGAAAUUCAAUGUGGAGGUUUGGUUUUCCUAAUCCUGUUAAUUAUAAUGACAAUGAACUCUUCUGCGGUGGAUACGCUGUGCAGUGGGAGCAAAACAACGGCAAAUGCGGCCUUUGUGGCGAUCCACACCACGUCAAAGAACCCCGUCCUCACGAAGCUGGUGGUUUAUACGCCAAAGGAAUAAUCUCACGCCAUUACAGCGUCGGCCAAGAAAUCGACAUCGAAGUCGAACUAACAGCUAACCAUUACGGUCGAUUUGAAAUAUUCUUAUGUCCCAACAACAACCCAAACCAAGUCGCAACACAAGACUGUUUCGAUAGAUAUCCCCUUUAUCUCAGUGGAACUCGCAACUUCGUCUACAACAUUCCAGAAGACGGAAAAAAGAAAGCCAUUUUUAGAUACAAAGUGCAACUACCACCAUAUAUUACAUGCACGCAAUGUGUUUUGCAGUGGAGUUAUUACACGGGGAACCAAUGGGGCACUUGUCCAAACGGUACAGAGGCUCAAGGGUGUGGAAAAUCGGAAACUUUCAGAAAUUGUGCCGAUGUUGCUAUACAUACGAGUGCUGGAUCUGCUGUUCCGCCACUGUUUGUUGGAGUUAAUAAUCCGUACUUGUUGUAUUAUAAAGACUUUUCGAAACCUGCUCCAUAUAAUGUGUACCCACUUGUGGUACGUGAACAAGUCUGUGUCCCCAAUUCGCUCUACAAGAGUAUUCCGGGAGUUAAUGAGUGGUGUCAAAGCAACUGCUUGAGGUAUCCACCGAAUUGUCCGGCCAAAAUCUGUCAAUGCCCGACUACUUGUGAGGCCAUUGGAGAGUACGAGGGUCAUCCAGGAGCCGAUGUGCAAUGUAUGGACGAAUGUCUCGUGUACCCAUCAAAGUGUCCACUAGAUAGAUGUUUCUGUUACGAAGAAUUUUCAACGAAUUAAACUAAUUUGUGCUUAUGUUGGACGUUAUAGAAAACACCCACUCUUCUGUGUAUGUAAUAUAGUUUUUCUAUUGUGUAUAGUUAAGCUAUCUAACAACUUUGAGUUAUUACCUACUCAAGUGUGAUCUUAUAGUGUUUGUUAAUAAAAUAUUAUAUUGUCCAAAUUGAAAUAAAUAAUUAUUUUUUA